AUUUAUGGGAGAUUGGUUUUUUUGAAAAAGUGAGGUUUGCAUUAUGGAGGGGGACAGUAUAUGGGGCACGACUGUAUUUAAAUUCAGGUCAUACAAGUUGAAAAUAUGGCCGCCAGGAGGUGAGUCCUAAAACAAUGUUAUCUGGAUACAGCCUUCAUAUUUCCAUCAUCAGGGCAGGGAAUUCAAGGCGUACAAUCUGCCUCACUAUAGUCCUCUGAUCAUGUGGCAGUCAAUACCUUUUUAGCCAACUUAAUUGGGGCUUCAGCCCCAAGGGGCUAUAUUGCAGUGUUCAGUUUACGCCCAUCAUACGUUCGUCUGUAGAUGUCCCUGGACGCCAUGUUGCACGUUGACAUUUUUUGGGGAGAGAGGGGGGUUAUGGAGAAUGUACAAUCCUCUAUGGAUAGUAGUUGAGAUUUCAUUAGGAUUUUCUCCAAUAGAGGGCGUUGCUGUUGAUUUCAAUAAAACAAGCGGGGCUUUUCUUAGAACAAAGAAAAGCAAGGUUUCUGGUGUCUGGGGAGUAAUCGGCGUUUUGUUGCGAUAUGUGGAGAAUAUAAAGGUAAAUAUUGUUAGGUGAAUAUGAUUAAGGUGUAGCGUUUAUAGGUGAUCGUUAGUGUAAUGUUAUUUAGUCGUGUAAUAGCUUGAUUGUGUACUUUGUAUGUUCAGAGAUGCUGGUUUCUGUGGCUAUGAUUAGAAAUGGGUUAAUCGUUGCUGGUUUGAAGCGAGUGUGGUAGCAUAGAGAGCCGCUGGGAUCAAUUAUGUAUAUGUUAAUCAAGAUUGUUGAAGAAUGUGGUUUUUAUGAUGUUGUGUUAAAUUAUGAGCUUGUGGUAAUUCGAAGUCAGGAAUCCUGUGUUGUAUUGAUAUGUAUGUACGCAGGUAGCAUUGUAAUCGGCUGAUAUUGUGAAUUACAUUUUUUGUAUUUAACAUUUGUUGUUCAGGUUGUAAGGCUGUUCUGUUCACGGAGCUGGUGUUUAAGAGAUCCGGCGGAACAAAUUGAAUGCUAACUAGCUACCGUUGAUACGGUUGGUACGUUAAUAAAGCAUCUCAAUCAAAGUCGGAUUCUCUUGGUGUAUUCGUCGACUCUUGUAGUCAAGUCUCAUCUUUCCGCACAAUUCAAUUUGUUGGUCGGAACGGGGAAAGAGCGGGAAACUACAACAUGGAGCAGGCGCAGAGGUUGAGACGCGGAGUUCGCCGGGAGCUGUGUAGGAGGGUUUCGGAUAUGGAGACAGCGAUACAGGAGAAUCAGGCCAUGGGCUUUCUUCAGGAGCUGGAGGCGGAGAUGAAGACAGAGUGGAACAAGCUCAUGGAAGCUCAAGGAGAAGUACUCAAGCUGGUUGGUGAGGAACAGGAAGAAGACGAAGAGAGAGUGAUCGAGGACGUAAGGAAUCGUUACCUUGAAGUAAGGAAAAGGUUCAGCACGCACAAAGAAGAAUCUAUUAAGGUUGUUAAUGAAAGUAAUAAUGACAAUGUGUCUACUAAUUCCAAUGAGAAUGCAUCUGUAGCGAGCGGUAAUCAGACCUGCUACGGACGCGAGUCAAAAUUACGGUGUUACGGACGACCUCGAAAAAUUACGGACAGCAAGAAAUCUCUGAAAUUUAUAUUUUUUAAUGCAAAAAAAAAGAAAUAAACACAGUGUAAAAUCAA